ACAUUUGUUCACCCGUCACCACUUUUCUCAAUCGAAAAAUCUCCUUCAUAGAGAAUCAGACUUCAAUUGGAAAAUAUCUCAGUUUGGAUUUUGUCUCCUCUCCUUCAUCAGAAAGAAUCAACGAACGCCUUUACCCGAAAAUCUCCCUUCAGAAAUCUCUCUUCUUCCGCUCUAGAAAUAAACGGAGUUCAGACAACUUGCAAACUUUCUAUUGCAGGUUUUUCAUUCCCUCUUAUUUCUAAUUUCCAAUUUUGGCUGUGAUUUCCAUUGAAUUUAUUGUUCCCUCUUCCAUAUACUUCAUUCUAUGGUUGAGUUUGACUAGUAUCAAAUUAGGAAUCCUGUUAAGCACUCUAAAUCGUUCGGUAGAAAUUCAGAUUUUAUCUCCUUCUGGGUUUCAUUCAGUACAUUUUAAUGAGCUAAACGCUACAUUGAGAUUCUUCCCAAGUACAUCCAACCCGCAAGGGGUUUUUUAUUAACCGCGUACUAAAAUAUGUUCGCAUUGCAGUAGCGUACUAAAAUAUGUUUAGUCACGUCUUUUUGAGACAAAUGCUACGUUGAUAUCCUUCCCAACUCCCAAGGACAUCCAACCUUCAAGGGUACAAUUGGGGUGUAUAUUCAUUCACUAAUCAAACAAGACAAUCACCCAAAAAAUUAAAAAUGGAUUUAUCAAGUGGUUCUCUAUAGUAUAGUGUGUUGUAUAUCUUUUUUUUGGAAUAUAUUUUUAAUGCAAAUAGUAAAUGUACUUGUGCAAGUGUGAGGAGCAGAAGAAGAAAAUCGCGAUGUCGGAAUGGGUAGAGGCAUUGAGCAGGAUGAGCAAAUCAGAAAAGUUGAAAGAGAUAGCAAGUCCAGAGUUGUUCGUGGAGCAAAAGAACGCCGCAGAAAAUGGGUUGAGAACUUAACUCCACGGCCUAACAUUAUGAAAAAAGUAAUAAGGAUGAAAUAGAAUCUGAAGUGCCUCUGAGGAGCCUGAAGAUGCUACUACUAGAGGAGGAAUGCUGCCCAAUAGCAUUGUACAACUGCUGGUGGCUCGUGAAAAAAAGUUUUUGUAUCGGACUCAGAAGAAGAAGAAGAUGCACCUCAAAAAAGGCCAAAGAGAUCCGAGCUAAAACAUGUUAUUAUGAUGAAAGAGAUACCGCCUCCUCAGUGCAUAGAGAAGUCGAUGGAUUUCUUGAAGAAAAGGAAGAUGUAUUUCAAAGAUCAUCUGCUUUGAACAAUUCAAGUCAAGCAGUGUGCCUUCUUUCGUCAAAUGGCUUGCUUUCCACUAACAAGCGAUCAGUCACACAUUAUUGUACUACCUGCUCUCAAUUAACAUGCAUUGAGGUGGUGAGAAAUUGUACUGAACUUUAUUCUGUCAAGAAAGUGAUCUGUGUGUGUUCCAUUAUUAUCAUUUUUGGUGCUAAUUGAUUUGUGAUAUAGUAAAUCCAUUAUCAUUAUCAUUUGACAUAAAAGGGUAAAAGUACGUAUUUUUAUGGGUAAAAGUGUAAUGUUACUGUUGUGAUGUUAGUAUUAUACAUGAAUGAACUGUUUAAAU